CAACAACUAAAAAACAAAACAAAAUAACCAACAAGUGGACAAAAAUGUGGUUGUAAAUAUAAAUAAAAAAACGGCAACACCAACAACAAAAACGAACGAUUUUUGACAAUUUUAAACACGUUUUUUGAAAACCAAAACAACAACACAGCAAUCAUUGGAUAUUUGGUUAAAAAGGUGAAGAAGGGAGCUGAAGCAAAAAGAAAAAACGCCAAAUAUCGUCAUUAACGUAUCAUUAGCCACAUUUUUUUAGUUUUUGAACUCCUCCAUAAAAAAUAAAACACAAACAAGAGGUUUAUGAUUUCAUUUAUCAUAUGCUUAUGGAUUAUUGCUAUAAUAAACAUUAGCAGCAACAACAACAAUAAUAACAACAACAACAGCAAUAAUUUUGUUGUUGAAGCAAUAAACCCAAAAAUUAAUUAUCCACACGUGCAAUUAUUUCAAUUUGAAAUUAUGCCAAAAUUACAGCAACAACAACAAUUACCACACCAGCAACAUCAGCCACAAAAUCAAAAUCACUACCAACAACAUUAUCAACAGCAGCAGCAACAAUACCAGCAACACCAACAGCAGCAACAACAUCACAAUAACCAGCUGCAUCAUCAGAGUUCUUUAACAAAUGUAGCCGCCAUUACAAAUCCCUCAGCUUCAACUACCACCCUGCUAUCCACCUCUUCCUCCUCAAUACAACACAUUUCGCCACAUCCCUAUCAACAGCCUCCACAACAUUAUCACCAGCACAACUAUCAGCAACAGAGUCAACAUCAAUCGCAACAUUUACAUCAUGGUGAAUUUCCACUGCCCGAGGGCUGGGACAUUGCCAAAGAUUUCGAUGGUAAAAUCUAUUAUAUAGAUCAUAAUACGAAAAAGACAACAUGGCUGGAUCCUAGAGACCAAUACACAAAACCCCAAUCGUUUGAAGAUUGUGUGGGCGAUGAAUUGCCCAUGGGUUGGGAAGAGGCUUAUGACUCCAAUAUAGGACGUUAUUAUAUAAAUCACAUAGCACAGACCACGCAAUUGGAAGAUCCCCGUCAAGAAUGGAAAAGUGUACAGGAACAAAUGUUAAGAGACUAUUUGUCGGCGGCCCAGGAUCAAUUGGAAAACAAACGGGAAAUGUUUGAUGUUAAACAACAGAGAUUACUAAUAGCUCAAGAGGAAUAUAAUCAUCUUAAUAAAUUGGCGGCCAGUAGAAGCAGCUUAUGCUCUUCCUCCUCUUCUAUGAGCCGUCAUGAUCCUGAAUUAUUAAGAGCCGAUUUAAAAUUGGCUAGAGAGCGUGUUCACCAACUAAAACAAGAACUUAAACACAUUACAAAUGAUAUCUCCGAUACACAACGUGGUAUGAAUACGUUGUAUUCAGUGGGUGAGAAAAUCAAUGCUCGCCAAAAUGGUUGCUAUGAUAUAGCCGAAGUUCAGGCUAUACGUGAGGAAAUGCUUAAAGUACACAAGUCUCUUGUUUCGGGUGAGAAGGUACGCGAAGAACUGAUACGCAGUUUAGUGCAAAUUAAAAAUGAGCUUAGUCGCCAACAAAUCAAUGAAGAAAAUGCAGAACUACUGAAUGCCUCUUCGCCCUUUGAUCGGGUGUGUGUGGCUUCUCAAACCGACCUGUGUGGUCCUGGGGACAAUUUAAAUAGCGGUGCCCGUUUUGCUGAAAUGGCUAAAACAAAACUUCAAUACACCGAAUGGCGUAAGCAUAUUAAACGGCUGCAACAGCAAUUGGCGGAUCAUGUGGAACGCAUUGAACCCGGCCAAUUGGAAUCGGAUAAAGAUAGAAUAUUAUUGAUUCAAGAGAAGGAAAAACUUCUAAAUGAACUUAAUAGCAUAUCGCUGAAAUCACGCACCUCCGAAGAAAUACAUGUCAUACAAGAAACCCGCAGAAAAUUGGAGGAAGAUCUUAAUGAAGCAUAUGAAGCAACACAUCAACAAAUAAACAAUCGUCUACGUUUUCACGAGGAGAAACAAUUGCUAUUGGAUAAGUUGCAAGAGGCUUUAAAGUCAACAAAAAUGUUAGAAGAACGCUUGAAAUCCUUCUCUUCAGAAAGUACCUUUUCCAUUAGUAGUGGCAGCAGCUUAGGUUCUCUGUCGACGGCGAGCAGUAAAAGUGCUUUAAGUUUCACCGACAUAUACAUAGACCCAUUUGCCGUAGAUCCCCAAAUAGAUGUGGUGGAUUUGCAUCGCCGUUCACAAAGGCUUUUCCAACAGCCACAGCAAUUGCAACAACAGGCUCAAAUUAUACAACAAAGCGUAGUAGGUGAUCAGGUUCUGGGUCAUCCUCCACUGCAGCAACAACAAUCUUCCGAAAUCUCUUUAUCUCCACGCAGUAGUCUUUCAAUAGAAACCCCACCCGCCUCUCCUAUGAAAUAUAAUCCCGCCUCUGAACAAAAUCCAUUAAGUGGCUCUUCUCAGCAGUUACUGAAGGAAGAACCUACCUAUGCCAAUGCUGGAGCCGUCUUACAAACACUGUAUCAGCAAUCCAAUCAGACCCCCUCCUCAGUGGGCAACAGAGCAGCUGCACCAAAUCCUUAUGACUUAGAUUCCACAGUAUUGGACUGUAUGAUGUUGGAGGCUAAACUACAAAAACUCAAUAUGUCGGCGCCUCUCAAUUUGGGUGCUCCUUUGUCGCCUAUUUCAGAAAAACCUUCACUACUAGAUUUACCGCAAGAAAUGUUAAGUCGUUCAUCGUCUACAUCGAACACACGCUCAGUAUCGGCAGCCGUAAGCAAUGAGUCUGUGGCUGGAGAUUCGGGUGUAUUUGAGGCUUCACGAGCCCAUUUGCCACGCAAAGAGUUGGCGCAAGUGCAAAUAGGUUUGAAAUACCUAAAGAAAGAAGGUGUUUUGGUGGUAUCUUUGGAACGUGCAAACAAUUUAUCUGCCCUAGUGACAACCUCAACGGAAAAUUCGCAAGUAUAUCUCCGUGCUGCUUUACUACCCAAUUCCCUGACAUCCAUACGCACAAAAGCCUUGCCAGAUUUCCAAAAGCCCGUGUUUAAUGAUACAUUUGCGGUGCCUAUUUCACUGAGUAAACUUUUAACCAAGAGCUUGCAUGUCACCGUGAUUAGCAUGACCGGACAGAAAGAGGAGAUUAUUGGAACAGUUCAAAUUAGUAUGGCUGAAUUUAAUCCAGAGGAUUCCACCUUGAAGUGGUACAAUGUUUUAAGUUCGAAAUUUAUGCCCACAUUUGAACCAUUAGAUAUGCCAUCAACUAGUGCAGCAGCUGCUGUAGCAGUAUCUGGACAUGUGAAUAAUAAUGCUCCUGUUACACACAAUGUUUGCAAAGAAGAAUCUUCUGAUGAAUCGACCAUAACUUCAUCUCAAACUUCAACAUUGACACGAAACCAAGUGCCACCAUUUGAAAUGCAAGCACAAAUUGCCGAAGAUUUAAGAGAAAAUCUUGGCUUGGAUGUGGAUGACAACGAUGAAGAUGAGGACGAUGAUGAAGAUGACGAAGAGGAAGUAGAUGAUGAGGAAUUGGAGGGCGCUAUAGGAAGUGAUUUCACCAAGAAAAUGUUGGAUGCCUACAUGGAUAAUAUGAAACAAGAAUAUGUUGACAAAGAAACCAAUACAGAAUGUGCAUUCCCUCCAGAAAAAUCUCGUUCACAACAGGGUCAACAAACAACCGAUGAUAGACCCGUUAAACGGUCACAAACAUUUACACCUUCAGCGGCGGUUGGUAAAAGUCGCUAUAUUUGCCGCUUGAAUCGCAGUGAUUCAGAUUCGGCCAUGCAUUUUGGGGUUACACCACAUCCCUUCCAUCGUGGAGCCAUUGAAAGGCGUUCUUUGCGCUUCCACACCAAAGCUCCUAAAACUGCCACAAAAUUAAAUCAUACUCAUAUACCACGAACUAGCUUGGAUCUGGAAUUGGAUUUACAAGCUCAACAUAGCAAACUUGACUUUCUAAAUGAUCAAAUUGCUAAAUUGCAGAAUUUAAAAGAUGUUUUGGAAAAGGCACGCGAUGAGAAGAAUCCUUUAAUCGCUGCCUGGGCUAUUGAGAAUGAGGAAUUUCAGCGUUUAGUAGAACGUGCCGAUCCUGCCAAAUGCCCCGAAGAAAAACAGUUACAAAAAUUGUUAAUGAAAACUACUAAGAAAAUUUACAAACUUCGCAAAACAAAAGUCCCUAAGGGAUGUCCAGAUUUAGUGUCUUUCAAAGAAAAAAUUUCCUUCUUCACUCGCAAGGGCUUAUCAGUUCCCGAACUACCAACUGAUUUUAUGCUAUCCGAAGCUGAUCCUAUCGAAGAGGAAGAAGAAGAUUUGGAAGACGAUGAUGAUGAAGAUAAUGCCGCCGAAACAGCAAUUGCCAUUAAUACUGCUCUUGUAGCCAGUAGCAUACGUAACAAGAAUCUCAGUGAGAAUCAUAGCGGUGGCAGUGCAAGUAGCCGAAGACAACAAGCUACACAGAAUGCCACCAAUAAAACUAAAAUCGCAACCUCAACCACAACUACAACCACUAUUACAACAGAAGAAACCGAAAUUGUUAAAACUUUAGAAAACACCAAAGAAAACCAACAACAGCAACAAGUUAAUAACGGCAAUGAUAAUGAUGACGAUCAAAAACAACGUUUUGAUUACGUUAUCGAUCGUACGUACGGUGUUGAAGUUUAGAAAAUUAUGCUCUUCAUUUAUAAUUUGUUUUUUUUAUUGUACAGAACUAGAAAAUGUUUUUAUGAAGAAACUUUUUGAUUUGCAAAUUUUUUUCAUAAUAACAAUUUUUAGAGAGAGAUCAAGAAGAUAAAAUAGAUAGUGUAUAGAAAAAAAUUAAAAUAAAAUCUAAAUUUUAAAUUAUUUAACAAACAAUAAAGCCAGAGAUUAUUAUAUAAGCUUAAAGCUACAACUUGUAAAAUAUAAACAUGCAUAUAAUUUAUUUUAUAAAUUAUAAGAAAAAUAAUAAUUAAGGAAAUUGAGUAACAACUUUAUAUAGAAAUAGAGGAGAUACUAUUUCCCAAACACAAACUUAAAGAAUUUAUCAAACAAUUUUAAAUCCAAACUAUGAAAUGUUUUUUAAUUGAAACAGUGAUUUUAAAAAUCAAUUAUUUUUUAUUAUAACCUUUCAACAGUUAAUUGUUUCUAUAAAAAGUUGCUACUUUAAUA